CCACAGAGCUGGGUAAAAAUGGCUGACGUUGAUUUCGGAGAUCGUGAGCUCUUUGAGCAGCUUGAUGACUCCGCACCGCCGGUCCCGACACAUAUUCGCUUCACAGAUGACGAGGAGGAGCAGGAGGAGACGAGCCUGCUCCGGAGCAGGCUGGAGGAGAGCGAUGAUUACAUCCAGAGGCUCACCGAGGAGAAUAAAUCUUUAAGAAGAAAACUGAACAUCUUGACACGACCAAGCGGCAUCUCGAUUGAAGAUGUCAACAUUGACGGGCCAGCUCUUCAAAUCCUUUAUGUGAACAACAUCAUUUCAAAGCAGUGUCGACAAGAAAUUGAAGAUUGCAUCUGUGGCGUGAUUUUGAAGCACCAGAAUCUCAGCAAGGACAAGAAAAAUGCCAUCUAUCAAAUGAAAGCUCAGAAUUCAGCUUUUGCUUUGGAAGAAGAUCUGCAGAAGUCUUCCUCCAGUAGUGUUAAAACAACAACAGAAGCAUUUAAAGUGGUUGGGAGUGUCUUAUAUUUCACGACAUUCAGCGUUGAUAAGCUUGGACAGCCUCUGGUGAAUGAAAACCCCCAGCUGACAGAGGGAUGGGAAGUUCCAACCUAUCACCAGGUUUUCAACCAAGUCGUUGGCACAGAUGGACAGGAGAUAGAAAUGAAAGACAAACGACCCAAAUCUAUGUGUUUCAACUGUGGUUUGAGUAGUCAUCAGAUGAGAGAUUGUCCCAAGCCUAAAGACAUGGCUGCAAUUAAUGAGAGAAGAAAGGAGUUUAAUCAGAACAACAACCAGGGCAUGCAGAGUAACCAGCGAUACCACGCGGAUGAAGUGGAGGAGCGUUUUGGUAAAUACAAACCUGGAGUCAUGAGUGAGGAGCUGUUGACAGCGCUGGGAAUUGAUGGCAACACCCUCCCUCCUCUGAUUUAUCGCAUGAGGCAGCUCGGCUACCCACCAGGUUGGCUCAAAGAGGCAGAGAUGGAAUACUCCGGCCUAACGCUGUACGAUGGAAAUGUGUCAAAUGAUGGUAAUGUAACAGACAAUACCAAUUCCCAAAACACCUCUUAUGAUGUUUCUAAACUGGUGGAUUUCCCCGGCUUCAAUGUACCUGCAUCACACAACAUGAAAGAUGAGUUCAUGCAGUAUGGAUCUAUUCCAAUGCAGUCCAGUCACAUGAAGCAAAAUUACGCAGCGUACCUGUCCAACAACUUCCCUAUGCCUGGUGCCACCUGCAACAAAAGACAGCAUGAUUCUGACUCAUCCCCACAGCAACGGAAGAAGACAAGGACAAGUCCUGAUCGACACUCGGACAGGAGCUCGGACAUGGAUAUUGAAUCGGACCCAGGAACACCUUAUCAUCAUGGCCAAGGUGACUUCCAGUUCCAACCUCCGCUGCCUCCUGGCUCCCCGUGCUUUAGCUCACCUCCUCCUUUACCCCAGGGUACUCCACCUGCCACACCCACUCCCCCACCUCUCCCUAAAGGGACACCUCCUCCCACACCCACCAACGGCUCUCCAGCUCUGCGAGGGCAUAACUGGGUAGUACUUGAUGAGACCGUGGCACAAACAGAAGAUGAAUUUACACUGGAAGAACUCGAGGAGCAACAGAGGCUGAUUUGGGCAGCUCUACAAAACGCAGAAACUAACACUAAUAGUGACUCUGAUACACCUGCAGCGGGAACACCUGUACCCAGUUCACCAAGUGUGUCCACACCCGUGCAUGUCGACACAGAAACGGAGGAGGGUGAUGAAGCAAUGGAAACAACAAAACCUGCAGAAACUUGCCAAAGCAGUGAAAGUCAAACCGGACUACCAGGGAUUCGCUGUCAGAGCCCUGGGUCAAUAAAAGUCGAAGACGACAGCCCUAAGAGUCCUGGGCCGAUAAAGGUCGAAGACGACAGCCCUCAGAGUCCUGGGCCGAUAAAAGUUGAAGACGAUAGCCCUCAGAGUCCUGGUCCAGUGAAAUCCCAAGAUGACAGCCCGCAGAGCCCUGAUCCAAUCAAAAGCCAGGAAGACAACCCGCGGAUCCUUGAUCUAGGUCCCCCUAAUGAGGGGGCUGGAGAUUGUCCUUCUCCCAGGCCUGACGGAAAGAUAACAGCUGUUCCUCAUCGCAGCAAGUUUGCGGCCGGCAUUGUUCCAUUUGAAGAUACACCAGAGUUCACAGAAGUUGCUGAAGCCACAGGGACAUAUCUUCGUAUCAGAGACUUGCUUAAAUGUUCCCCUAGAAGUUUGGCGAAGAAAAAAUAAAAAUGCACAGUCUUUAUUUGGAACACAGGGAUACAUGGAUAUUUUUUUAAACAAAACUUCUAUUUCCAUUUUCACGAUCAUCUUAUCAAGCAUAUUUUUAGCCGUUAUUUUGUGCCUGGUCAAAUGUCUAUGGCUGUGUAUAUACAUGUGAUCUGUAAACAUACAAGUCAGGGCAUUGAGGAGUACUGCAACAGUUUGUAGGCUUUGACCAAUUAAUCUCAGUUUUUGUAGCAGUUGUCUCACUCAUGCUGUUUAUUUUAUUGUACAAUUUGUAAAAUGGUCAUUCCUCGACCUGUAUUAAUUUUAAUAUUAUGGUGUUUAAAUGGCUUUUUCUAUUUUUGUCAUUUGAAUUGCUCUAAAAUCAUUGAGUAAA